GAGGCCCCCGACUUCCUAUAUUCUGUGAGCUGCCUUGUGAGCAACAUGACCGGCAGCCACGUUUGUUGCAACUUUUUAAAUAUGUGGAAAAAAAGCAAGAUAUCGACCAUGUAUUACCUUAACCAAGAUGCCAAAUUAUCUAACUUGUUUCUCCAGGCAAGCAGCCCAACCACAGGGACAGCCCCCAGGAGCCAGUCACGCUUGUCUGUCUGUCCAUCCACUCAGGACAUCUGCAGGAUCUGCCACUGCGAAGGGGAUGAGGACAGCCCCCUCAUCACACCCUGCCGCUGCACUGGCACCCUGCGCUUCGUGCACCAGGCCUGCCUGCACCAGUGGAUCAAGAGCUCAGACACACGCUGCUGCGAACUCUGCAAGUACGACUUUGUCAUGGAGACCAAGCUCAAGCCCUUACGCAAGUGGGAAAAACUGCAGAUGACCACCAGCGAAAGAAGGAAAAUAUUCUGCUCUGUCACCUUCCACGUCAUCGCCAUCACCUGUGUGGUUUGGUCUUUGUACGUGUUGAUAGACAGGACAGCGGAGGAAAUCAAGCAAGGCAAUGAUAACGGUGUCCUUGAGUGGCCGUUUUGGACCAAGCUGGUGGUGGUGGCCAUUGGCUUCACAGGGGGCCUGGUCUUCAUGUAUGUUCAGUGCAAAGUCUACGUCCAGCUCUGGCGCAGGCUCAAGGCCUACAAUCGUGUGAUUUUUGUGCAGAACUGCCCAGACACCGCCAAGAGGCCGGACAGGAGCUGCCCGUGCCAGGCGAGCUCGGACGCCAAGGCCGCAGGGGCAGUGCCUGCAGCCCAGACGGCCACUGGUGCACUGCCCCCUGCAGAGGGUGGGCCCCCUGAGGUCAUCCCCGUGUGAUGGGCCAGCCUGGAGCCUGGUCAGUGGAGUGCAGCCUGGCCCCCAGACACUAUAUCUGCCAGAAGCAAUGUUAGUGCCCUCCUCAUCUUCUUGCCUCUUUGACUAGUCUGUCUUAACUUUGCUCAAAAAGGAAAGGAGGAGAAAUACCGCAGGACCAGGGAUCCCAGGAAGCAGAGUCUCAGUGUGAAGAGGAAAUGGGGAAGGUUUGCUGGAGAAUGAUCUGAGACAAUUGAGAACCUGUGGAGAAGGGACACUUUCAGGCAAUGAGGACAGAUGGACAGAUCCGUGUCUUCACAGUAGCAGGGAAAAUUCAAGAACACAGACUCCCAUUGCAACGUGUAUUUCUUCUAGGGCCUCAUAAUGUUAACUAGCUCAUCUGGAAAUUCAUACUUGGUUUUAUGCUUGAAAUUGUCUGCAUUCUCCCCAAGGCACAUCAGAAGCAAAGCUGGCAAAUGCCUAUUUUGAUAUUUAUAUUUGUCAGCCAACAGGUUUUUAUGGCUAUAGUGGAGUCCAGUUGUUUUGAGAGAUGCAUGUUUUUUAAAAUAGAUGCAAUGCACAUUUGAAGAUAUUAAGACUUGGAAUUCUGUUUAAAUCAUAAAGGGUAGAUUUUCAGAGAUUUUUGAGUUUAAUUAGCUCUGUUAAAUACCCAUGGAAAUCCUGUGCUCUACCUGGUCACCCUCAAACAGCGUUGUCCUACAGAAAUAAAAUGUAAGUCACAAAUGUGGGCCACGUAUGCAAUUAAAAAUUUCUUAGUAGCCCGUUAGAAAAAGAGGUCAAAUGAAUUUUGAUACCAUAUUUAUUUAACACUAUAUACCCAAGUUAUAAUUUCAAUGUCAUCAAUAUAACAAAUUAUUGAGAUAUCUUCUAUCUUUUAUAUGAACCAGCUUUCCAAAACCCAGUAUGUUUUAUCCCUACAGUGUAUCUCAGUUGGAAUUAACCGUGUUGGAUAGCACAGCCCCCAAAUCAGGGACAGAGCCUCUGCUUCAUUUAAAAGUUGAGUAUUUCAAAACAGCAGCUUAAUUCAUUCUUUUAUUCAAAGUAUCAUAGAUGUUAUUUUACAAAGCACUCAAUCAAAUUAAAUAUCGUGGUUGAAGAGUUAGAUGAAAUUACCAUUUUUCUAAAGGGGAAAAAAACAGAAAGGCUGACACAAGCAGCCUGACUGUGGCAAAGUUCUGAAAUGAAUUUGUUUGCUACUACGAAACACUUAUGAUAGGGGAAAAUAAGAAUUAAAUAUUUUUUGUUAUUUAAGUCAAAUGUACUUUUUUCUUCUUUUAAACCCAUAUGAGGUUUCAACUUGACAUGUACAUGAGUAGUUAUGACCAAGCAUUUAGACAGUAUCUUAAAAAGCUGGCAGUAUUUCCUUUACUCAGCUGGGAAGCAAAAAUAUUCAACGGGUUCCGUGACAAGUAAUACAUUGAGUUGCUCAGGUUUGACAGUUCAGCCGAUUACCGUAUUCUUUGCAUAUUCAUGUAAAGCCAAAUCAUGAAAGAUACUGCAGUGAGCUAGAUUAACAGUUAUAAAUAGAGUGGCCUGUCAGAGAUGUCUUACGUAAGCGAGGUGAUGUUUUUGCUACCUAUCCUGUUUAUUACUGUGGAAAGGCAAACAGGAAGACACAGGAACACAGUAUGAGCCCCUCAGUGUACAAACCACAGUGAUGCACUUUGUAAUGGUCGGCGCGUGCGUGUCCUCGCAGGUUAUUCCAGGAAAAAGGAAGGAGAAAGUCACCUUUAUGGAGGAGAAAGAUGUUAUGUCACUAGUGGCUGGCACUGAGUCCAAACUGUCCCUGUUUCCAGAAAUAAAGAGGUCAACAGCGCCAACUUUGGGUGUGUGUGUGUUCCUGAGUGUACAUGCCGGACGCCAAGGUGUUCAGGCAGGCAGGAAACAAAAGGUUUAAAGCCCAUCUUUCUCACAACUAACUGUGGGAGUAUGGAAUGAAGGUGCAGGAAAAGCAAAGCUGAGGCAACUAAACUGGACCAAAACUUUUGCACAAAUAAGGACGUGGCAUGUGAUAAAAAUAACAUAACGGACCUUAAACAAACUGAACUUUGUAUUAACUUCUUAAAUUUCCACUUUCAAAGUUUAAUACACUCACGGACAGCAAAGCCUUAUGGCACCUCAGCCAGAGGACUAACCGUGAUUCAUUUUCUCUGAUAAUUUUCCCAAGCAUUUUAGUAAUCCAUUUUCCCUGAGGUUUAGUGAUGGCAACAGUGAUUUACAAAUACUCCUGAGGGAACAAAUCUAUUCACCAGCAAACAAAGAAAUUGUUGAUUUCUCUUUUGUUUGCUCUGGAAGGAAAAGGAUUAUUUACCUGAAUUACACCAAAAAAAAAAAAUUUAAAUUUUAUAUAAACCUUUUAGCAAGCUCAUUUUACAGCGACUGGCUAAAACAGGCCUCAUUUAUUAAGGGGUAAAACAAACACUAAGAAAUUCUAGAAUGAAAAGUAAAGAUAAGCAUUAAUGUGUUAAUGAUGAAAGAUGGCAUAGUGUUUUAAAACCUUAUCUAAAUUCUCAAAAUUAACUUGAAUAGGCUUUGACUCUCUUAAAAUGAGAUGAUAAUAUAGCUCCCUACCCGGUUUAAAAGUCAACAUUUUUCUGCUAUUCUGACUUUUUAAAAACCCUGAACUCCUGAAUUGAAAUCUUUCAAGUUUUCCCUGUUUAUGGUUCAAACAAUCUGAAAUAGCUGUGUGCACUGAAAACUUAAUGUUGAUUAUCCUCUUUUAUACUGAGUAGCAAUGGCACAUUUGCCCCUUCAAUGGAUCGGUUUGGCUUUGUGGCAACACUUUUGUGGACUGGAUAUGCCCAUCAAAAAGAAAAAUCACUUUCCAGAGUGGCAAUUUUUUGAAGCAUGUUUACCUGUUUAUGUAUGAAAUAAAAUGGAACUGAAACAAAGGACUUAAACUGAAGAAUAAAAUUCCAAUUCUACUAAAACCUUGGCUUUUAUAAUCAUGAAAUUAUCAAGACAUGUAUGCUGUUAACUUUUCAAAGAACCUUUACUUUUAUUGUAUAAGAUCAAACUGUAAAGAAAUGAAAUUCAGUACUUUAAGUGAUACACAAAAGGCAAUUAAGCUUUUAAUACAAACAUGAACAAAACAAAAAUGUCAAAAUCAAAACAAAAAUGUUCCCAUUGACCAGGGAUAUAUAGCAAUGGGGAAAACAAAGGAGUCUUCCAGAAUUCCUGGGGUUAGACCUUACUGUGAGUGCUGUUACACGUGAUUACAGCCCCAGAGAGAAGGCCAGAGUUCCACCUACCCUUUUUGCAGAGGUCCUUGGUAGCCCUAAAAGAUCUAUCUUUUGGCUGCAAAAGUGGCUCAUUAGAGCAAUGACAUCACUAAGUAUUCUAACUGUCACAGAGUGAGGUGGGGGGCUGUCCCAUCUGCCUGACACAGCUACCUUUCCUCGCCAGGCCAGUGUACAUUCUAGAACAAAGUGGAACUCUUAAAAUUUAUCACAAUCAUCACUGUAGUUGCUCUAGGAUAACUGUGUAGGACUGACACUCUGGUUAAGAAAAAUGAAAACCAAUUAUCUUUCCUUAAGUCAGCCCAAAGGUGCUAUUUUACAUAUCAAUACAGUUGAAAGGAAGUACUGUUAUUUUGGGCUGCAGUGUUUCCUCCACAUCUGAAGAAAGCCCAACUGAAAUGCAUUAAAGCAAACAAGGAAGCAUUAUUUUAACUGUGUACAAUUUUGGGGAUUGAACAUUUGUACUUUUUUUGGUUUUACCUAAUUCUCUGGCAUUAACAAUUUCCUGUUUUGUGAAUAAUGUGUACUAAAACAAGUUAAGGAAAAGAAAAUAAUUCUCUGUGAAAAGACUUUGUAUAUUAAACAGGUGACCCAAA